AUGGGACAAAGAAGUGGACGUCAAGAAAGAAGCAAGAAAUUAGAGCUGGCACUAAGCGAGACCGUGAUGGCAGAAGCAAAUGUACAAAAUAGUAAAGAGGAAGCCAAAGAGCCGAAAGCCAAAGACCAGAGGUUAACAUCAGUCUUUGGUGUGGCAGACUUAAAAAAUGGAGCUAUUGGACUGUACAACAUUGGACAGAGCUGCUGUCUGAACUCUCUACUCCAAGUGUUCCUCAUGAAUAUACACUUCACUGGGAUACUUCGAAGGAUCACAGUGCCACCACGUGCUGUGCAGAAGAGGAAGAAUGUCCCAUACCAAAUGCUGCUGCUGUUGGAGGAGAUGCAGUGCAGCAAGCAGAAAGCUGUUUCUCCCGUAGACCUCGCUCACUGUCUUUCAGUAUACAAAGUGAAAUUGUUUGUGCAGCAUGAUGCUGCCCAGCUCUUUCUGACUCUCUGGAACUUGAUAAAGAGGCAGAUGAAAAAUCCAGAGCUGGCUGGAAAGCUGAGUGAUUUGUACACUAUCUGUGUACAGGAGCAGGUGGCCUGUCAGAAAUGCCUUUUUGAAACAAAGAGGAACAGCAGCAUGUUAACCCUUCCACUCCCAGUGUUGGAUGCCAAUUCUCACAUGCUGAAGACUCUGGAGGACUGUCUGCAAUGCUUUUUCCAUCCAGAAGAAUUGACUGAUCAGAACAUGUGUUUCUGUGAACAGUGUGGAAGGAAAACACCUUUUCUGCAGAGCAUGAAGCUAGUCCAUCUGCCACAGACUCUGACCAUACAUCUAAAGCGCUUCUGCUUCGAAAAAUCAGCCCACAUUCACAAGCUUAGUCACUAUUUGCCAUUCCCACAAGACCUUGAUUUCAAUGCAAUCUUAACAGAAAAUCAGUGCCAAGCAGAUGACAAUGAAAAGGCUGCCUGGCAGUAUGAGCUUUUUGCUGUUGUUGCUCAUUCAGGAUCAACUAAUUGUGGACAUUACUGUGCCUAUAUUCGAAGUCUCACAGAAUGUAAAUGGUAUUGCUUCAAUGAUUCGGAGGUUUGUCAGGUAUCAUGGGAUGAUGUUAAAUGCACCUAUGGACACUCCAACCUCCACUGGGGACAAACGGCCUAUCUCUUGAUUUACAUGAAAAAACAUCCUCAGUAG